UAAAGCUGUCGCGUGAGAUAAAAUCUCACGACUGCCUAACAGUGAUUAGGACAGUAAACAAUAUUUAUAUCUGGAAUAUUUUUAGUAUAAUGAUAUUUUUCUCAAAUGAUGUCAUACUGUAAAUAGUAUAUGAAGAAUUUAACUCAUUUUGUUAAUAAAUGGAAAUAUGGAAUGAUAACAUUAAGAAGAAUAUUCAAAAUGCAAGUUGAAAUUUACUAAACAAGGAAUGUAAAAAUUUGCUUAUGAGCAUCAUAACAAAAGUUUUUAACGUCUUGUGAUAAUAAAUAUUUCUAAAAUGACAUUGGAAGAUGCACAAAAUGCAGCACGAAAAGCAGUACAGUUUGAUACUAACAAUCAAUAUAAACAGGCAUUAUAUUAUUAUAACAUUUCUGUGAAAUAUCUUGCUGAAUUGCAAGAUCCUAUGUAUGAUCAAAAAAUUUCUGAAUAUAAGGAAAGGAUAUCUUUGAUACAAAAACUUCUCGAUGAAGAUGAACAGAAAUGUCUCAAAGCUCAAUCUGUGCAUCAGUCAGAAUUGCAGAGAUGUAAAUUUCUUAUAAAUCAAGCACAAGAUGCAGAUGAAGCUGGCUUAAAGGAUAUUGCUGUAAAAUUAUAUACUAAUGCUGCUGAAUUUGGACUAAGUAUAAAAACUACUGAUACAGAACUGAAAGGGAAAAUAACUGCUCUUGUACGACUUGCUCUUGAUAGAGCAGAAUCUCUGAAGGGUUUGAAAACUGAUGACAAUUUUGAUAUUAUUGAAAAACUUUCUAAAUUACCUCCUGUUCCAGAAACAAAUCUAGAUGAAGAUGUAGAUCAAAUAGCAACAUCACCAAUAACAAAAGCUACUCAAAAUUCUGGAAAGCAAACUCGACCGCCUCUUCAUCGUGGUAGUAGUGCACAUUUAAAAGUAAGCGGUGGUAAUACAAGCUAUACAGAGGAAGAAAAAAGGGUUUUACUUCAUAGUUCUCAUAUUAACGACCAUGAAUUUGUACCGUUUAUGAAUAUAGAUCUUACAGAGAAAUUUCAGUAUGCCAUUCCAUUUACCGAUAAAGAUGGCUUGUUAGAAUUAGCACCAAAACAGAAACCUGAUUUUGCGAAAUGGUGCCGGCCGGAAGAACUAUUUCCUGAUCCAAAAAUGCUUAAAACUUCCCAUGUUGAUUAUUACAGUAUAAAACAAACUGUUGUUUCUGAUUGCUCUUUUGUUGCUUCCCUUGCUGUUAGUGCUCAAUAUGAAAAAAGAUUUGGACGUAGACUUAUUACGUCCAUUAUUUAUCCAAAAAACCGGAAUAAAGAACCAAUUUACAAUCCAUUUGGAAAGUAUAUGGUGAAACUACACCUUAAUGGUGUUCCACGAAAAGUAAUAAUAGACGACUUGCUCCCUGUAAGUCGAUACAAUCAAUUACUCUGUUCCUACUCCAGCAAUCAUGGAGAGCUAUGGAUCUCGUUACUUGAGAAAGCAUACAUGAAAGUAAUGGGUGGUUAUGAUUUUCCUGGCUCAAAUAGUAAUAUAGAUUUACAUGCUCUAACUGGGUGGAUACCAGAGAGGUGGGCUAUAAGACCAGGUGAACCAGAUUUUAAUAAAGACAAUUUAUUCAACGUUUUAUUGUCACGUUUACAUAAAGGAGAUGUACUAGUAACAGUCGCUACUGGAGAACUCUCUGAUUUAGAUGCCGAUAGAACAGGUCUUGUUCCUACACAUGCAUAUGCUGUUCUUAAUGUGAAACAGAUAAAUGGAGACAGAUUGUUACAACUGAAAAAUCCUUGGUCUCAUUUACGUUGGAAAGGAAAUUAUUCCGAACUUGAUACGAUACAUUGGACAAACGAAUUAAAAGAAGCAUUAAAUUAUGAUCCAGAUUCUGCGUCUCAAUUUGACAACGGAGUAUUUUGGAUCGAUUACGAUAGCAUAUGUCGCUUUUUUGAUGUAUUUUAUUUGAAUUGGAAUCCAGGUUUAUUUAAUUACACUUAUUGCAUUCAUCAAAUGUGGAAUGCAGGAAUAGGGCCAGUGAAAGAUGCGUACAAUAUCGGUGACAAUCCUCAGUUUAAUUUAGAAGUGCAAAAUAACGUAACAGGAGCUAUAUGGAUUCUUCUGACAAGACACAUUACAGACAUAGCAGACUUCCGACAAAAUCAAGAAUAUAUUACAAUAUUGGUUUAUCGAAAUAAUGGAAGAAGAGUAUAUUACCCUCAUGAUCCACCGCCAUACAUUGAUGGUUUAAGAAUAAAUAGUCCUCACUACCUCUGCAAAAUAAAGUUAGACACUAAUAGUGAUUCUCGGUAUACUCUAGUCAUAUCACAGUAUGAAAAGACAAAUACGAUAUAUUACACUUUACGUGCGUAUGGAACAUGUCCAUUUACUUUGCGAAAGAUGCCACAACUUUAUAAAUAUGAAAAAGAGAUAACUGAUGGCCAGUGGAAAGGUGCUUUAGCUGGUGGAUGUAGUAAUCAUCCAACAUAUCAAAACAAUCCACGUUACCAAUUAGUAUUAGAAAAUUCCAAUAAUAAUAACUAUUUAUUGAUUAUAUUGAAAGGUCCUAAACAGUAUCAAAUAGGUUUUGAUAUUGUCUCGGUUGUGCUAAAUGAUCCUGAUGCACCUGGUGCAUUCAAAAUGAAAAGUUCUGGACCAUUUAGGUCAGGCUUUGUUUACCUUGAACUAGAAGAUGUACCUGUUGGUACAUACAACAUUAUUCCGUCGACAUACAUCCCUGGACAAGAAGGACCUUACUUUUUAAUUUGCAAAUCGUCUUGCAAACUUCAGCUUCAAAGGCUUCAAUAACAAGACUAACUUUAGUAUAAAUUAGUACAAUUUUGCCUCGAAACAAGCAACUGUUUCAUUCUUCAGAACACGUGUAAUGUUUUCUCACUCUGAUACAUAACGAUUCUGGUGUAGAAUAUGUAUGUUGCUUAUUUCGAAGCAAUACUGUAUUUUGUAUAUAAUAGCACUUUGCGUAGUCACUAAUUUAUAUGCAUCAAUUGUGAUACACAUAAAAAAAUAUAAGAUAUUUAUACUUACUGUUACAAAAUUAUGAAUAAAUGUUAAUACUAAAUCCUUUACAAAACUAUAAUUACCAGAGUGUAUGUUAAUAUCAUAAGCCAUAAACUUUGAAAAGAAAAGUACACAAAAUACACAAGAUUGGAAAAUGAUAAAGUAGAUUAUUAUAAAAUGUUUUUAUUAUAUUUUCAAAGUACAAAUUAGACUAGACAACUAUUGACUGGAUUAUGAAGAUUUGUGGCACUUUAUUUAUGUUCAAUAUUUGUUCGAUAUUAUGUUUGGCACGUAUGCAGCUCAAUUUCGACGAGUAUAAUUUCUAAAUAUCUUUAUCGGCUAAUCAAUUUUUUUUGUACUAUUUGUAUGUAUGUACUUGUACAUAGUACGGAAAGAUAAGAAUGUUCUUUUGGAAUCAAUUAUAUUGAGUAAAUUAUAUCCUUGUAAAUUGUUCGUUAAAAAUACAAGGUGAAUACACUAAUUAUUUUUAUAAAAUAAUGUGUUUUAAAUAUUCUGCAUGUGAAAUAGUAUAAGAAAACGCAUCGAAUUUGUUACAACCGUAAAUAUUACUGCAUUACCAUAUUUUGUGUCUACUUAAUAGAAACUAAAUUCUACAAUAUUAUUUGAUUUCAUUAAUGAUUUUAAUUCUGACCUUUUCUCUCAAAAUUUUUCAAAGUUUUUUCUUUACUACAAUUUUGCCUAACAUAUUUCCAUUUUUAUAGGAAAUAUAUAGUAAUUUAAAUCCUAAAGAUAUCAUAACUUAAUAACAAUAGUGUUCUGUGAUUGAUGUUUGUGAUAUUCAAAUAUCAUAUUUUGCAUUUUUAAUAAUCUUGAAUAUAAGUUAAAAUUAUGAUAAAUUUUACAUCCAUCAGUUACGAAAUUUGUCAACAUCUGUCAAUAGUAGCUUAUAGUUAAUUAAAAACUAAUAAUUAUUUAUAAUUGUAGUAUUUUUUUGUUAACCUAAUAAUAACUAUAAAUAAAUAAUUACUCGAGCUAUAUGAAAUCAUGGAUCAUGAAACAGAAGUUGAGUAAAACAUAUGAAGAUGUAUUUACAUAACUGCUGCCAGAUAAAUUAUAAAAAAAAUUAUGGACAAUUAUACAAAAAAAUAUACACAAUGAAUAAACGCAAUAGUAUUAGUCGAGAACAAAACUGUAAAGAAAACUGUAUAGAGUGAAACUGUAUAGUAUAACAGUUGUUAUGAAUAAGUAUUCUAGCAUUGUAGUUAUUUAGAUGUACAUAUAGAAGGCACUAUUGUCAAUAACGUAGAUAAAUAUUAUUAGUAAAGUAGAGAAUAUUAAAAUCAGGUUGCAUUUUUACUAUCCUGCUUACUGGUAUGAUAUGCGUUAGAAAUUUACUCAAUUUUUAGUUAUCACGCAAAGUAUUACACAAUAAUACAAUGACCCUUUGCAAUCAAGUUAUUGCAAUGAAAGUAGCUUUCCUUUAUUUUGAUUAUACUGUAAAUAAAUUACUAAAAUAAUAAUGUUAAAUUCAUUGAAAUUACUAACUUAUAUUGAUUUUGUUUUAAAAUAAUUUUAACUUAAAGUAAUAUUAAAAUACCACUGCAUUAUAAUAUCACCUUAAACAGUUUUCUUUACCAUAUAUUUAUUAAACUUGCUUUCUUCUAAUAAAUUUUGAUAUUUCGGUAGUAUACGCUAUUGUUUUGAAUAGAGGCUAAACUGUACAUUGUAUAAACGAUAUUAGAAAUUACAACUACUACAAGUAGAAUAGUAUUUAUAAUUACAAGUUAAACUAGGGACGAAUUGUUAGAUGCAUUACUUGUUAUCGGUUUGAAAGAGAGCAGAGUUUACGAGUAAUUAUCUUAAAAACUUUUCAAAAUAUUUAAUGUUCUGAAAAUUGUUUUAUUUAAUCACAUUCUUUAGCUUACUUUAAUAGAUUGACUAUAGAUUCGGCCUUUUUCUUUAGUUUUGUGCUAAUUUAUAUUUUUAACGUUUUAUUUUGGUUUUCUCCAAGGCAUUAGUUUUAAAUUGGCACCUUUCAUAUUUCUAAAUGUCUUGCUAACGCAUCAAUCAAAAUUUAUAAUGUCUAAUUUGCCUCGUUUAGUUCUCAAAAUGAUUUCAUUUGUAUCACGAUCACUCUUACGAGUAGUAAUACAAAAAUUAAAUCUCUUAAAAUGAGAUUAAAUGACAAUUGUAUUUAAUGGAAGGAAUUGAUUUUCACAAUCUAAAAGGACGUUAUUAAUAUCGUUUGAAAUUUAACUUUCCGUACCUCUGCUUUUUAUCUAAUAUACGAAAGUGAAAAUUAACGAUGAUAAUAAUAAUAAGAACAAAGUCAUAGUACGUAAUUACUUUAAAUAAUACUUCGACGCUUAUAUUUUUAGCUUAAAUAUAAAUUAGUAAACUUACUUUAUCGAAAUUUCGUUAUGUACAAAUGUUCAUGUAUAAAUAAAAACAAACGAACUCAAAGGCGCGAAAAGUUAGAUCUUUUUGUUAAUGAAGUUUUUAGACGGAAAAUAUCUAUUUUAAAUAGUAUAUAUCUUUUCUAUUAGUCAAUAAUAUAUAUGUAUAUUAUUG